AUGAACGCAAUUCGUUCUCGUGGGUUCAUGAGAAUGGCGGAAGACAUAGGAAAGAGCACCCUCGAAUCCUCUGCUGCUGCUUCGACAACAACCUCGCGAGGCUUUUGGCCUUCCGUCUUACGUUGGAUACCCUCCUCCACCGACCACAUCAUCAAUGCCGAGAAGCGCCUUCUCUCUCUUGUCAAGACUCCAUAUGUUCAAGAGCAGGUUAAUAUAGGUUCUGGUCCACCUGAUUCCAGAGUUAGAUGGUUCCGUUCAUCGAGCAAUGAACCACGGUUUAUUAACACUGUCACAUUUGACAGUAAGGAUGAUUCUCCUACGUUGGUAAUGGUUCAUGGAUAUGCGGCAUCACAGGGUUUCUUUUUUCGCAAUUUUGAUGCACUUGCUACUCGUUUCAGAGUUAUUGCUAUUGAUCAACUUGGUUGGGGUGGAUCUAGCAGGCCUGACUUUUCAUGCAGAAGCACUGAAGAAACGGAGGCAUGGUUCAUUGAUUCCUUUGAGGAAUGGAGAAAGGCCAAAAACCUGAGCAAUUUUAUACUACUUGGGCAUUCUUUUGGCGGUUAUGUUGCAUCCAAAUACGCACUUAAGCACCCGGAACACGUAAAACACUUGAUUCUGGUGGGACCUGCUGGAGUUUCGGCGGAAUCAGAGAGAAUUACGAAGUUCUUAUCAACGUGGAAAGGAUCAAUCCUGAAUCAAAUAUGGGAAUCUAAUUUUACGCCUCAAAAAAUCAUCAGGGGUUUAGGUCCUUGGGGUCCUGAUAUGGUCCGCAAGUAUACCAGUGCCAGGUUUAUUACACGAACAAUCGGGGAAAUGCUGACAGAAACUGAAUCAAGAUUACUGACAGAUUAUGUUUACCAUACUUUAGCAGCCAAAGCUAGUGGCGAGCUGUGCUUAAAAUAUAUAUUUUCAUUUGGGGCACUCGCGAGGUCACCACUUCUUCACAGGGCAUCAGAAUGGAAAGUGCCUACCACUUUCAUAUAUGGUUUUCAGGACUGGAUGAAUUAUGAAGGCGCCCAAGAAGCUCGCAAACAUAUGAAGGUUCCAUGUGAAAUCCUAAGGGUUCCUCAGGCCGGCCACUUUGUGUUCAUUGACAACCCAAGUGGCUUUCAUUCAGCUGUGUUUCACGCUUGUCGAAGGUUUCUAAGUCCAGAUCCAGACAAUGAAUCCCUUCCUGAAUGGCUAACCGCAGCAUAG